AUGGACUACUUCACCAAAUGGCCUGAAGCUUACCCCAUUCCCGAUCAAGAAGUCCCGACUGUUGCAGAGAUUCUAGUUCAAAACUGGAUUUCAAGAUACGGAGUUCCUCUACAACUGCACUCUGAUCAAGGAAGAAACUUCGAUUCGGCUGUUUGCAGGAGACUGUGUGAGAUACUCGGCAUCGACAAAAUUCGAACUACGGCUUUACAUCCUCAGUCAGAUGGCAUGGUAGAGAGAUUCAAUCGGACCAUUCUGAACAGUCUCUCUCUCCUGGUGUCCAGCAAUCAACCGGGCUGGGACAAAAAACUGCCCUUUUUCCUACUUGCCUAUAGAAGUGCCGUUCACGAGACUACUGGCUAUUCCCCAUCUCAAAUGCUCUUCAAACGUGACCUUCGUCUGCCUGCAGAUCUACUGUUCAGCCGGCCUCCAGAUGCUCCCUUGGCACCUGAGGAAUAUGUCGAGAACCUCCGGAUACGGAUGGAGGAGGUGCAUCAUCUGGCCAGAGAUAGGAUCGACAUGGCUUCAGAGAAGAUGAAGACCCGAUACGAUGCUAGAGCAACGGGACACAAUUUCCACGAAGGUUAUGGAAUCCGAAACGUCGCAAAGGACUUUCUCCGAAGUUGCAGACCAACUGGGAGGGUCCUUAUACAAUCCUUAAAAGACUGA